GUCAAAACCCCCCAAUCUGCGAUAAAGUAAGUGAUAGCUGUAAGCCUGUUGGACUGUAAGCUAUAAAACACAACAAAUCAUAACGUGCAGGCCAAGGGGAAAGACAGGGAAAGGAGAGGCAAAGGAGAUACACUUAGCUUUAGCAUUUAGCUAUUUUUGUGUGUAUUACCCCCCUCAAAUAUCCUCCUAUCUAUCUGCCUCUCCAAUUCUCCUCCUUUUCCCAAUGAGUUCGUAUUUCGUGAACUCGACGUUCCCGGUGACGCUACCGGGCAGCGGACAGGCAGCUGCCGAGUCGUUCCUGGGGCAGAUUCCGCUUUAUUCGUCGGCAUACACGACCGAUUCGUUGAGGCACUAUCCAGGCGCUGCCGCCGUGACCGCCGCAGCAGUAGCGUACGGAGCCACCGGCGUGCAUCAAGAGAAACAGUACUCGGCGUCGAAUUACUACCAACAAGCGGCGAACGGAGCCUACGCCGUGCACCGGGCACCUGGACUAGGGGUGGGCAACGGAGCGGGCGCGUGUGACUACUCAGCGGCAGCAGCGAGCUUUUACCGGGAGAAAGACCCAACGGCAUGCGGUCUAGAGGAGCAUUCACUCUCGCUCAGCCAAGACAUUGUUCAUCGCAAAACAGAAUGCCCCGGGCUAAGUGGGAAAGGGCUGUUUGGUGAGAUGGUCGACGACAAGCAAUCGACCACUCCCGUGUAUCCCUGGAUGCAGAGAAUGAACGCGUGCAACGGAACCUUUGGUAACCCCGGUCGGCGGGGGCGACAGACGUACACCCGUUACCAGACACUUGAGCUCGAAAAAGAGUUCCAUUUCAACCGGUACCUCACGCGACGACGGAGGAUAGAGAUAGCCCACGCACUCUGUCUCACCGAGAGACAGAUCAAAAUCUGGUUCCAGAAUCGAAGGAUGAAGUGGAAGAAAGAGAACAAACUCAUCAACUCCUCGUCGUCAGCGAAUGGCGACGAAGAGGAGAAAACAAAUGAGUGAAAGAAACUUCCAAAAAAAGUGGAAAGUUAUCAAAUAGAAACACUUGAAAAGCCAUGGCAGAAAAUCUAAUCGACCUAACGAAAAUGAGAAGUUUGAAGAAGAUAGCUUGUUAUCACUACAAAAAGAUUCACAUUCUAUGAGAUGCGCUGUCAUCUAAAACUGAUACAAUUGAAAGUCCUGUCCUGCAAAUAUUGAGGCUACGGCCUCUCUAAUCCUAUUGAGUGAUGAAGUGUAACGAAACAUUCAGCAGAUUAUGUUCUGUGUACAAAUCUUGGCUGCUAACGCUCCCAAGAUUCAAAGCCUAUUUUUUAAAGACCGACCAAGGACCCCUUUAUUAUGCGGAUGUAACUCAAAUUCCUCUAAUUAAAUCUACCAUUCCAAAAAAAAAAAUCUGACAAACGUCAGACGUUUGUCGUAAGUGUAAGGCGGCGCGAUGAGGUUGUCGUGCGCUUUUCUUCUCAUUUUAAAAACGUUGAGCGUAACUUAAACACACUUAUUGAGAAAAAAUAUUGACGAUGUAUGAAAGUCAUAUUCGUGUUCGUAUUUAAGCUGUACAGAAAUAAAUCCACGCUCAGUUCUACUUGUAUGGGGAAUUAAUGUACCUUAAGUUAAUUUCCCCCGAAACCAGGUUGUUUUUAUUGUAAAGUAGUAGCCAACGAUUGGGAGUGUUAAUAUUGUUCUUAAACUACCUAGCCUAUGCCAUCCCUGAAGAGUUAGCAUAUAUCUUCUGGGGUUCUAUGUGUUAUUUGUUUAUGUUAGUGUUUUUGUCCACCCUAACCCCCUACCCCUCUUCCCAGAAAUGCUUAAUAAAAUGUAAAGAAACAUA